AUGUCCUCGCCACCUCCUACAAAACCCCCUCGUGGGGUGAAGCAAGGAAAAGAAACGAGUGGUUUGUUAAUGUCAGUGAUCCGCACACUCUCGGCGAGUGAGACAAAUGAACAGCGCGAGAAGGAGAGAGCGAAAUUAGAAAAGGAGUACAAGAAGAGUGAUGCAAGACUUGAUGAACUGGUUGCUGCUCAUGCACAGGAGAUUAUGGAUGUUAUACAGAAGUUCACGCAAGUGGGCGAAGCGCUGACGACGUGGGGGCAGCACUCGGAGUCGGCGGUGGCGCGGCUGGCGGCGUGCCGCGGCCUGCUGCGCCUGCGCCGCGACGACCUGCGCCGCCUGUGGGCCGACGCGCGCACGCACCACUACGCGCUGCAGAUGCUCACGGACAUUGAACGAGUGGUGGUGUCGGAACGAGAAACCCGCGAAUCUUUACAAGCGGGUCGAGUUUUAGCUGCCGCUCAUACGCUGCGCGCUGCUUUGACUACAGCCGAUACCACAUUAUCGCACGUCACGGCACUCAAUGCCACCAGGCAGCAUUUGGAGGCGAAGAAACGCGAGCUGGUGGACGUGAUUGUCCGGCGUCUCAGCGACGCUGUGUACCGCAGCGAACGCCAGCCGUUGUCGCGACGUGUGUCCGCCAGACGACGCAUCGCUUUGCUGUUAGCUGAACUAACGAAGUCCUCGGAAGUGACAGACGCAUACCUGCAGGACAUAACGCCCGAGCUGGAAGCAUCGCUGGCUGAAGAUGACGUUACAUUUGAGACAACAGUUAUGAUAUCGUUCGAGGCGCUGGGAGUGCUCGAACAGUUGAGGGAGGCUACUGAGAAAUUCAAAUGCCAAAUCCAGAACGAACUGCUCGAAGUGAUAGACUCGGUUUCUCGUCGCAUUAUCGAAGAAGGGGACAUCGACCCAGACCACGAGUGCGAAGAGGAUGGCGCUACACCGGAGAGCGAGACAGUCUCCGAAAGCGGUCGACCUUUGGCCAGGCUCGUUGCUAACUUGGCGGAUGAAUUUAGAGCUUGUGCGGCUAGGAAUAAGAGAUUAUUGCAACUAUGGCGCGCCGCUCUACAAAAACACAAGUAUUCAGACUCGAGUCUACACACGGAGCAACAUUACUGGAGUGCUGUACAACAAGUUCUGCAGCUGCUGCUGACGGAGUACCUGGAGAUCGAGAGCGUGAACCUGGCGGCGCUGCGCGGCGCCGGCGCGGCCGAGCCGCCGCCCGACCUGCGCCUGGCCGACUACUUCGCCAAGAAGCGCCUGCCCCGGAGGCGGCCCAAGCUCUUCAAGCUCGCCGGUACCUGCAUGUCUAUUGUCGGGUCACUAACACUAGCGCGGAGUUAAGGAACGGCAGGAUUUUUACAAUUUAGCUCCUCUGUCUGAGGUCGUAGGUAGGGUCGCCUCAGUGGAAUUUAUUCC